AUGCUCUCUCGAACGACCGGGCGGACGUCCACGUCAUCGAACAGCGCGUACGGGCAGUUCUACAACGGCGGCGUCACGCUCCCGCGCGACGCCGGCGUCGACGACAGAGGUGGGGGCGGGGGGACGUACGCGUCGAGAUCCGACGCGCGCGUCGGCGCGGACGUCGCGAACGGCGCGUCGCGCGCGUCGCGCGCGAGCUCGCUCGGCGCGCACCGCGAGCGCGGCGAGCUCCGGAACGUCGUCGUCGCGGACGACCUGUCGCGAGGGACGAACCUCGGCGCGCGAGGCGCGAUGAGCCGCGACGGGCGCACGCUCGUCGGCGCGGGGUUGGGCGGAGGCGUCGGCGGGUCGCCGCGCGCGCAUCCGGAGCGCAUUCACGCGGUGCUCGGCGCGGGGGGGGGGCGGCGAUCGCGCGGGGGGCUCGAUCCGCGCGAUCCGAGCGACCCGUCGAGCGCGAACGGGUGGAGUAAGGGGUUUCACGGGACGACGCCGCGGACGCUGGAUCCGAGCCAGGGCGGUCCGCAGUCAGGGGGUGGAGGAGGACUUUCGUCUUCGUCGUCGCGAUCGAACGCCGCGGCGGCGGGGAAGUCUUCCGCGAAGCCCACAAACACGACGUCGGGCACGGGGAAGCCGUUGAUCGUGGCGAGCCACCCGGGCGCGGUCUCCGCCGCGGGCGCGAAGGGGCUCAACGGCGGCCGCCUCUCCGGCGGUCCCGGCGGCGGUCCGAACGCGAACGCGACGACGACGAAUAAUCCGCUUCGAAAAUCCUUCGACGCGGGCGUGACGAUGACGGGCCCCAAAGGCGCGCAGAUCGAACGUCCGAGCACGUACGCCAGCGGCGUGAACCACGGGACGACGCGCGCGGCGGGGUACCUUCCGCAGUCGCACCAGAGCAAGAAGACGGCGAAAACGCACGAGGGCGGAGCGUUACAAAGAGGCCCGCCGCCCAAGGCGAAAUUUCCAUCGGGCGACGCGUCGGCGGCGUCGCGGUCGCCCGGAUUCGGCUCGAUGACGAUCCCGCGCGCCGGCGCGCACGUCCCGGUCCCGACGUUCCGCGGAGACGCCGCGAGCGCGAGCCCGCUGAGCCCGCUGUCGCCGAGCGCGCGCGAGGGCGUGAGCACGCGACGCAACGGCGGCGCGACGCGGAUUCCGUUCGGAGCGCACUCCAUGGCUGGCGGCACCAACGGGUUCAGCAAAGAAAACCAGGAUGAUCACUUCGUGCUCGGGACCGGCGGCGGCGUCUCCGGCGACCGCGAUUUCAUCGCCGCGGUCCUCGACGGCCACGGCGUGGACGGCCGCAAGGUGUCGCAUUUCGUUCGCGCGCGUCUGCGCAGCGAGCUGGAGCCGCGCGCGGGCGUGGCGACGGCGGCAGGCAAGGCCAAGGCGCGCGCCGCCGCCGCGCGCGUCUCCGCCUCCUCCGGCGCCGUCGGCGACGCGUACGCCGCCGCCGCCGCCGUCGGCGUCGGCGCGUCGUCGCCGGACAACUCCUCCCUGCCCCCCACGCGGUUUAACAGCGGCGCGGACGUCGAGCGCGCCGCGGAGACGAGCAAGCGAUUGACGGAGGCGUUUCGCGCCGCGCAGGCGGCGCUCGUGAAGAACAACGGCAUCAACAGCGCCGAGAGCGGGUCCACCGCGGUGACGUGCGCGCGCGACGGCGACGUCCUCACCGUCGCGAACGUCGGCGACUCGCGCUGCGUCCUCGCGCGCGAGGCGCAGCCGCCGCUGACGUACGCGACGGAUCCUCUGGGCGCGGCGAAGAAGACGCCGCUCGUCGCCGUCGAUCUCUCGUCGGGCGCGUCCCACACACUGGUCCCCAUACGACCGCGUUCGCGUGGUGAACGCCGAUCCUCAAGGACUUUUCUUCCUGGCGGCGCAUCUCUCCGCCCAGGGUCCCUCGCUUUCAAUCCCGACGCACACACCUCGACGCCUUUCAACUCCGCUUCUGACGCCUUUCAACUCCACCCCGCAGAUCACAAGCCGAACCGGCCGGACGAGGAGGCGCGGGUGACGCGCGCCAACGGCGUCGUCGAGCCCGCGCGGUCGCCGCUCGGGGGGUUUGUCGGCCCGCACCGCGUGUGGAAGAAGCACCCGCGGACCGGCGGGCUCGCGGUGUCGAGGGCGUUCGGGGACACCGCGCUGAGCGGCGCGGGGGUGAUCGCGGAGCCGGAGCUCUUCACCGAGCGCGUGACGCGACGCGAUAAGUUCGUCGUGCUCGCGUCGGACGGCGUGUGGGACCACGUGGACAGCCAGGAGGCGGUCGAGCUCGCGGGCGCGUGCUUCGAGUCCGGGGCGGCGGCGGCGGCGGGGGCGGGGCACGGCGGCGCGGCGCAGCGCGCGGCGGAUGCGAUCGUCGCGCGCGCGUGCGAGCGAUGGAAGCGGGCGAUGAAUGGAGGGUACCGGGACGACAUCACGUGCGUCGUCGUGCCGCUGUUGGGGUGGGAGUGA